CACUCGAUAGCACUCAUUGUCAAAUUAUUAUUUGUUUCUCUAUUUACAACGAUGGUGGGCUCCAACUUUGGCAUUAUUUACCACAACUCCAGCGCCGGCGGCGGCGGCGGUGGCUCAUCUGGUAACCAUGGACAGUCAUCGGGCGCAGGUGCCAGUGCUCUCGGAGAUCGGGAACGUUCCACGCCGGCCUCGCAUCUCAGCGAUUUCAUGUCACAGCUGGAGGAGUAUACACCCUUGAUUCCGGAUGCGGUGACAUCGCACUAUCUGAAUAUGGGAGGUUUCCAGGCGGACGACAAGCGCAUCGUCCGGUUGAUCAGCAUUGCGGCCCAGAAGUACAUGUCCGACAUCAUCGACGACGCACUGCAGCACUCGAAGGCACGCACCCAUAUGCAGACCAGCAAUACGCCCGGCGGAUCCAAGGCCAAGGAUCGCAAGUUCACGCUGACAAUGGAGGAUCUCCAGCCGGCCUUGGCUGACUAUGGCAUCAAUGUCAGGAAAAUGGACUAUAGCCAGUAGUUAUGGUUAUUUUACGCUUUAGUUUUAGUAUUUUUCUGCAUUCGCAUCGAAAAAAAUAUUCUUUGAUCACAAAUAAAUAGAAUUUUUAAAUCUA